CGAACAGAUGUCUCGAAUGAUGGAUGCACUUGACACUUUGUCACAAGUAGCUACGCAGCUCAAGCUAUCAGAAGCAGCUACGUCGUCUCUGCUCUGUUUCGACACCAGCUUUUUCAAUAACCCAGCUCCUCCGCUGCCUGCAAACCUGAGGCCCGAGGACCUGAAUGUUCACACCACGGUGCCCAGCGCUACCAGCGCCGACAGCAUCUACACUCAGGGAGAGCCCGUGUCGGAAUUUAGCGACCAGUCUUCGGAUUCACUCGGUAACUUUAACGCAGAAUUCAUCAUCGCCCCCGUGGCCGACUUCUGCAAACGCGAGGGCGAGGCCUCCUCCUACCCGGACACGAGUAAAGCCGGGAACCGCAUCGUGUACCGCGGUAGUGUCACCACGGCGGGAGCGGGCAGCGGAGACACAGAGCACACCGCUUCCCUGCUGACCUCGCUCAACACCAACAUCCAGAACGCCCUGAGCAUGACCCAGCAGAGCCAGCCCGAGCCGCUACCGCCAGUCUGCACCAGCCCCCUCGCCUCCCAAGCCGAGUCCGUCUCCGGCUCGCACUCGACGUGUCUCACCCCGGAGCCCGACUCCACCACCACCGCCUACACCUACCUGGCCGACACCAAGACCUACAUGGGCGCGCCUAUGGACAUGAGAAGCGGACCUUGCCUGCCCAUCUUCAGCCAGCCCGAGCCCCAGCGCAGCCUGCCCAUCAACGGUAAUGUCAAGUACCAGUGGCCAGUCAUCCCGGACUUCCCCUUCCAGCAACAGAACCAAGUGGACAAAGCGACGCCGCCGCCUCCGUACGGGGCCGAGCACAUGUUCCUGCAGAGCGGGCCGCUCCCAGACUUCGUCACCCUGACACAGAAACUCAUCAGUCAGCCCUACAGAAUGAGCCCCAGCCCCAGCAAGGCUGCGCCGGACACCGUCAUGAACAAGCAACAGGCUCGCAAAUAUCCCGACAGAAACAGCAAGACGCCCCCACAUGAGCGGCCGAACGCCUGUCCCUGUGACACCUGCGACCGGCGGUUCUCUCGCUCGGACGAACUGACGCGGCACAUCAGAAUCCACACGGGGCAGAAGCCCUUCCAGUGCCGCAUCUGCAUGCGCAACUUCAGUCGGUCCGACCACCUGACCACACACAUCAAAACCCACACGGGCGAAAAGCCGUUUCAGUGUGACACUUGUGGCCGGAAGUUCGCGCGCUCGGACGGCAGGAAGAGACACACCAAGAUUCACCUGCGGCAGAAGGGAAAGAAGGACUGCAAGACGCUGGCGUCUUCCUCCGACUCCCCGUCCACCGUCUCUGCCCCUCCCCACUCCAGCUUGCUAACUCUGCCGGUCAGCACCGUCACGACGUCGGCCUCUUAA